ACCAGAUUGCUGCCUUUUAAUCUUUGCAAGUUCAAACAUUCUCAAAGCUAUGAAGAACCAUUCAGUAGUGACUCAGUUUAUCCUAUUGGGCAUCCCACACACAGAGGGUCUGGAGACCAUGCUCUUUGUCCUGUUUUUGUCUUUUUACAUCUUCACCUUAGUGGGGAACUUGCUCAUACUUCUUGCGAUUGUCUCCUCCACUCGGCUUCACACACCCAUGUACUUCUUUCUGUGCCAGCUGUCAGUGUGUGACAUAUUUUUCCCGUCUGUGAGCUCUCCCAAGAUGCUGUUCUACCUCUCAGGAAAUACUCCAGCCAUCUCCUAUGCAGGUUGUGUGUCCCAGCUCUUCUUCUACCAUUUCCUGGGUGGUACUGAGUGUUUCCUGUACACAGUGAUGGCUUAUGACCGUUUUGUUGCCAUAUGCUACCCUCUACGCUACUCAGUCAUCAUGAGUCAUAGAGUUUGUGCCAUCCUGGCCAUGGGGACAGCAGUUUUCGGCUGUAUUCAUUCCACCUUUCUAACUACUCUCACCUUCCAGUUGCCCUACUGUGGCCCCAAAGAUGUGAACUAUUACUUCUGUGAUAUUCCUGUGGUGAUGAAGCUGGCUUGUGCAGACACAUCCACCCUGGAGAUGGUAGGGUUCAUCAGUGUGGGUCUCAUGCCCCUCAGUUGCUUCUUCUUCAUCCUAACUUCCUACAGCUGUAUAGUUCAUUCCAUCCUACAGAUCCGCUCCACUGAGGGUCGACAUAGAGCCUUCUCCACCUGCAGUGCCCACUUUACUGCCAUUUUGCUCUUUUACAUGCCAGUGAUUUUCAUUUAUCUAAGGCCAACACCAAGUCCUUGGUUGGAUGCAACUGUUCAGAUCCUGAACAACUUGGUCACCCCUAUGCUAAAUCCAUUAAUUUAUAGUCUUAGGAAUAAGGAGGUGAAAUCAUCACUGUGGACUGUCCUACAUCCACUGUGCUUCCUUCCCAAGCAUUUUUAAAGGAUGAGCAGUAGUGAAUACUUAGGUACCCUU